UCAAGUCUCUUGCCCUUCGCGCAAGUUUUCACGAAAUAAACACUCACCGGGCUCUCAAUUUUGAAGAGAUUUCUCUCUCUCUCUCUCUCUCUUGCUCUACAGGUGGGAAAGCCAAAAGCCUGAGUUAAUUUUAAUCGUGGAUCAGCUGUGACAAAAAUGUCUCGGAGAUAUGAUAGCCGCACAACAAUCUUCUCCCCUGAAGGUCGUCUUUACCAAGUUGAGUAUGCAAUGGAGGCGAUUGGAAAUGCUGGCUCUGCAAUUGGAAUAUUGGCAAAGGAUGGUGUUGUCUUGGUUGGUGAAAAGAAAGUCACUUCCAAGCUUCUUCAAACCUCUACAUCUACGGAGAAGAUGUACAAGAUUGAUGAUCAUCUUGCUUGUGCCGUGGCAGGAAUAAUGUCCGAUGCAAACAUCCUCAUCAACAAUGCUAGGGUGCAAGCACAAAGAUACACAUAUGCUUACCAAGAGCCAAUGCCUGUUGAACAGUUAGUACAAUCUCUUUGUGACACAAAGCAGGGUUAUACACAGUUUGGUGGUCUCCGCCCCUUUGGUGUUUCAUUUCUUUUUGCAGGGUGGGACAAAAAUUAUGGUUUUCAACUUUACAUGAGUGAUCCUAGUGGAAACUACAGUGGAUGGAAAGCUGCAGCCAUUGGUGCCAAUAAUCAGGCAGCACAGUCAAUGUUAAAACAAGAUUACAAGGAUGAUAUCAUGCGGGAAGAAGCAGUCCAACUUGCAUUGAAGGUGCUGAGUAAAACCAUGGACAGCACUAGCCUUACUUCAGAGAAGCUUGAACUGGCUGAGGUUUUCCUUACACCUUCUGGGAAUGUAAAGUACCAGGUUUGCUCACCUGAUUCUCUGAGUAAGUUGUUGCUGAAGUUUGGAGUGGCCCAACUUUUCACUGAGGCUUCCUGAGUUAAGUUCCUUUAUUUUUGUAUACCAUUGUCCUGAUGCAAGUUUAUAAUACUCUUGUUUUAUUCUCUCGCUAAUGGAAUUGGAAAACUUGUCUUAUCACAAUGUUGCAUGUGGAUUAAACUUUGAAUUGGUUUGUGAUGUUUCCUUGGACUGACGGAAUUGACUCUUUUAUUCUGGUGUCUUUAUUUGAUUUGAAUAACGGUUCUUUCUUUGGGUGCAAGUUUGAGUGGUAAGUGACUACGUCUGAAGAAUAUAGGUUGAGGUUGUUGCUGCAAUCAGUUUUCUAUUGCAACAUCAAGAAUGCUUCUGUGGGAUAUGAUUUUAUUUAAUCUAGAGCAUGGUUUUCAAGGUUCUAUUGGUCAAUGAUGCAUACUUGCUUUAGAAUAUUGCUUGUGAAGAAGCAAACUUUUGUGCUUUAAUGUUUAACGUGAACCCAUCUUCAGGGCCUAUCUUAAUGUCUCGCUAAUAGCAGGUGAUCAGCAAUAUAGAAAAAUUUUUUGCUGUAUAUAUUGGCCUAAUGCAAAUUUUCUGCGUUGGGUCAGGAGAGGUCAAUCAUCUCUCGAUCCACAUGAUCCUUGGAUCAUUUUCUCACGGGAAAAAUUAUGUUAAAAAGAAACACUACUAUAAGCAUCUUUUCAUUAUGAUGUUGGACUUGGAAGUGUAGAAUCAAUAAUUUAUUAUUUAACUUGUAUGAAUCAAAAUGGUACGCUCUUCAAAUUUUAAGGAUC